GGGGGGGGCGGCCCUUUGUCAGGAUGCUCUGAGGAGGAGGAGGAGGAGGAGGAAGGAUGAGCACGGCCGCCAGCCCCGAGCCCCUGCCCGAGCCCCCCGCCCCGGGGCCGCGCUGUGCCCCCCAGGAGGACCCCGAGUUCCUGCGGGCGCGGGGCGGGGCCGGGGACCUGCGCCAGGACUUCAACCUGAUGGAGCAGAAGAAGCGGGUGACGAUGAUCCUGCAGAGCCCGUCCUUCCGGGAGGAGCUGGAGAGCCUGAUCCAGGAGCAGAUGAAGAAGGGGAACAACUCGUCACACGUGUGGGCGCUGCGGCAGAUCGCCGACUUCAUGGCCACCACGUCCCCUGCCACCCUGCCCACCUCGCCCAUGGGGCUGGCGUCGGUCACCCCCAUCAAUGACCUGCACGGGACAGAGGGGCCGGCCCUGGCCAAGGGCGAGCGGCUGAUGCGCUGCAAGGUGGGCAGCAUCCACCGGCUGCUGGACCUGUACGGCUGGGCACAGCUGGGACAUGCUGCUGUCACCCUGCGGGUCAGCAAGGAGCAGGAGCACUUCUUGGUGGCCCCGCAGGGGCUGGCGUGCAGCGAGGUGACAGCGGCCAGCCUGGUGAAGGUGAACGUGCUGGGGGCCGUGGUGGAGCAGGGCAGCACCGGCUUCGCCCCCGACGCCCGCAGCUUCAGCCUCCACGCCGCCAUCUACGCGGCGCGCCCCGACAUCCGCUGCAUCGUGCGGCUGCACACCCCGGCCGCGGCCGCCGUCUCGGCCAUGCGCUGCGGGCUCCUGCCCAUCUCCCGGGCCGCCCUUCUCCUGGGGGACGUCGCCUACUUCGAUUUCCGCGGGGAGGUGGAGGACGAGGCGGACCGCGUGGAGCUCCAGAAGUGCCUGGGGCCCACCUGCAAGAUCCUGGUGCUGCGGAACCACGGCGUGCUGGCCCUGGGGGACACGGCCGAGGAGGCUUUCUACAGCAUCUUCCACCUGCAGGCGGCCUGCGAGGUGCAGGUGUCGGCGCUGGCGAGCGCGGGCGGCGCGCAGAACCUGAUCGUGCUGGAGCAGCAGCAGCAGCGCGGCCCGCAGGGGCUGAGCGCCGUGCGCCGCGCCGGGGCCGCCUUCGGGCCGCUGCACAAGAGCCGCCUGGGCGAGCACGAGUUCGAGGCGCUCAUGAGGAUGCUGGACAACCUGGGCUACCGCACGGGCUACACGUACCGCUACCCGUUCGUGCAGGAGAAGAGCAAGCCCAAGAGCGACGUGCUGAUCCCCGCCACCGUCACGGCCUUCGUGUUCGAGGAGGAGCCGGCCGGGACCCCCGCCCUGCGCCAGCACGCCCACAAGCAGCAGAAGGAGAAGACGCGGUGGCUCAACACGCCCAACACCUACACCCGCGUCAGCCUGGCCGAGGAGCAGGGCAGCACCCAGAGGACAAAGACCACGUGGCUGCGGGCAGACGAGGUGGAGAAGGGCAGCAGCGGGACCCCGAUCCGCAUCGAGAACCCCAACCAGUUCGUGCCGCUCUACACGGACCCGCAGGAGGUGCUGGAGAUGCGCAACAAGAUCCGCGAGCAAAACCGCCAGGACGUGAAAUCAGCUGGGCCCCAGUCACAGCUGCUGGCCAGCGUCAUCGCCGAGACCAGCCGCAGCCCCUCCACCGAGAGCCACCUGGGGGACGCAGAGGCCAAGGAGGGCGGGCAGGAGGCUCCCCCCGAGCCAGAGCCCCCCAACCCCUUCAGCCAGCUGACGGACCAGGAGCUGGAGGAGUACAAGCAGGAGGUGGAGAGGAAGAAGCGCCUGCAGGGUGAGAAGGACACGGCUGCAGAGGACAGCGGGGCUCCCCCCCCAGAGCCACCCCCGCCCACGGAGCCCACGGAGGGUGACAAGAAGCCCGAUGGUGGCCAAGCCCCCCCUGAUUCCACUGCCAAGAAGGAGCCACCGGCGGUGGUGAACGGGAAGGACGAGGAGCAAAGCACCGAGGAAAACCUUGGCAAAGGGGGGACAGACCGGACAACCACCAACGCCGACCAGGACGCCCCCAAGGAGAAGGAGACGGUGACCAGCAACCCCGUGUCCCCCGACGGUUCGCCCUCCAAAUCACCCUCCAAAAAGAAGAAGAAAUUCCGGACCCCGUCCUUCCUGAAAAAAGGCAAAAAGAAGGAAAAGAUCGAAUCCUGAGUGUCCCUGGGGAUCGCCGAGACCCCGGAACCCGGCUGCCUCCCGGGCACGAGGCACCUCGUCCCCCCUGUCACCCCCUCUGGGGGCUGCCACCGAGCUCAGAGAGACCGUGCUCCCGUCUGGGGAAGCUCCCGCUGCACCUCCCUGCCCCUGUCCCUCCUGGGCUCCGGCCCUUCCCACCACCGAGGGCUGCACUGUCUCACCAGGGCCCAGAGCUCCUUGGUUUGAGGAAGAAAAGGGUGUUUCGUGGUUAUUCUCUUCACCUUCUGUUUCGCCUCUGCUGGAAUGGCGCUGGCUUCAUCCCCAGGGAAAACUGUCCAUCGCUUCGCCAGGAGAACGGGAUUGCUUUUCCUGAGGGAGGAGAUGAGGUUUUUCCUCCCUGGGUUGUAAACCUUCCUCUCCGUGGGCUCAAGAACCACUUCCAUCCCCUUCUCCUGGUACCCCCAGCCCGUGUUUUGCCCACCCAAGGAAGAGCAGCAGGAUUUCCCACCGCUGGAAAAGCCCCCACCUCACUGCACGACCCGCACCUGGGAAAAUAGGGAAAAAAAAACCACCCACACCCCUCCGGGAAUUGUCUGUGUUAUUUAAAAACUGAGCAAGGCUCACUCACUAAGUGCUACUUCGGGAUGAACACACGCUGCCAGCUCACAGCGACGCCGGCCCCCUGCUUUUCCCAGCUCUGGAAUUCCCAGCACACGUUCCGUUCCGUCCUGCCUGGCGUUCCCUUCCCUGCCAGCGUUACAGCCUCCCGCCCGUGCUCCCCACAGCCCUUCCAGCGCUGGCAUUCGGGGAUAAACCACCGGGAUCAGCCCCAGAUCCUGCCCCUGUCCUGGGGCGCUCCCCCUGAGCCUUGCUGAGUCCAUGGAGGUCUGGAACAGCCCUGAACCCCCCGUUUGGGGCUCCCCCAGCCCAGCAGGGUUUCCCCAUGUGCCAUCACUGCGGUUUCAAACCCUUUCCCUGCUGUGAGACGGCUCCUGGGGGUUGGAUCCCCUCUGGAAGGGCAGGAGCCUCAUGGAACAGGGGGUGGAAGCAGCAGGGAGAGCCCAGGCAGGGAUCUUGGGUUCCUGGAGUUUGGGGAGAGCCUUUUUCCCUGCCCAGUGUCCUCCCAGAGGUCCCCACCCCACCCCUGCAGGAUGGGGGGCACCAAGGGGACACGCUGAGCCCCCAAACCCUGUCACUGCAGGGGCUGCUCCUCACUGCCACUGAUUCUGAGGCUCUUUGAGGCCGCUUUUGUCACCCGCGUGACCCAGGGCAGCAGAGCCUGCAGGGACAGCCUGUCACCUCCCUGGGGUAGCACUGUCACACCUGGGGGCCAUUCCUGAAUGACAGCACUGCCACACCCCCAGCCCAACCCGGGGGCUCCCCCAGGGGUUCUGUUCCCACUUCCUCCCUAAAGGUCUGUCCCCAGGGCCUUGGUCACCCCUUUUCUCCCCAGGGUUCUGUCCCCAGGGCCUUGGUCACCCCUUUUCUCCCCAAGGCUCUGUCCCUGGGGCUUUUGCCACCCCUUUUCCCAAGGGCCACUGGCUUUGCAGGGGACCCCGGGGUUGACCUCCCCACGCAUGAAAUUCCAGGUAGAAAGGGAUGAAGGCUCCAGUGCCACCAUCAUCACCAUGAUGGAGGGGAACAGAGCCAAUCUCAUAUCCCAGGACCACCCCUCGGGUAAUCCCCCCAGCCCACCUGCCUGCCUCCCCUUCCCCUCGCUCCAGCAAGGCUCAGGGCAAAGCAAAUCCCCGAUCUCCACGCCCGCACCUCCGCUGGAAAACAGAGGCUGAUCCCGCCGAGGCAGCGGGGACGGGCGAGUCCCGCCGGGCUCAGCACCUCGCUGCCCACCGGGGCACAAGGGCGGCUGCUGGAGCCCCGGGAGGGGGCCGGGGGCUGGCAUGUCCCUGUCCCCCCGCGUGUGACAAUCGCGGCCGGGAGCGCGUGGAACGCCGGUGUAAGUAAAUAAAUAAAUAAAUAAA